CAACUCUAUUGCAGUAGAAUGCCAGCUCUUUACCCACUCUUGCACUCCUCUCAUGCUGCACUAUCUCACAUGCAGUCAUCUCCUUCCCCAUUUUAUGUUUUCCCUCUUCUCUGUCUCUUUAUCUGAAGAAUGACCGCUUUGUUGUCCAUUUUUUAUAUUCCCCACCAUAUUUUCCCGACCCUCUCUCUUUCAUUCUUUUUGUUUCGUGAAAGAAAUGGCUGGUGUAAGUUCUAUUCCUCACUGGCUUGAAUUUCUCCUACGAGAGAAGUUCUUUUACCCGUGUGUAAUUCACGAGUUUGCAAAGAAGAACGAGAAGAACAUAUUUUGCUUGGACUGUUGCACCAGCAUAUGCCCACACUGCAUGCUCUCUCACAGCCCUCACCGUCUCUUACAGAUACGGAGGUAUGUUUAUAACAGUGUUAUAAGGUUGAGUGAUGCUCAACAAUUGAUGAACUGUUCACUUGUCCAAUCAUACACAACAAACAGUGCAAAAGUCGUAUUUUUAAACCCAAGGCCAAUAUUAUCCCACCCCAUCAGAGGCUCAGGCAAGUUUUGCAUCACAUGCGAUCGUAGGCUCCAAGACCCAUACAGCUUCUGCUCUGUUUCCUGCAAGGUUCAUCAUCAACAAGUGGUCACCAACGGUGAAAACUGUCAUGAAUUCGCGCUAAUAGCAUUGCCAGAGUACAGAGCGAGAAGUGAGUGCGUUUCAGAGAUUGAAGAACACGGCCAAAUGACCCAUGAUUCGGCCCUUGAAGAAGAAGCGCGGUCCACGAGUGCAAGUUCAAGUAGUAGCAGUGGUGGUGUCAGUGCAGCGAGUUGCAAAACAGUAGCUUGUAGGGAGCUCGUGAAGAAGAAACGCUGCAACUUGAAGUCCGUGCACCAGGAUUCCGACAGACCUAGAUGCUCGCCUUCGAAGGAGAUUUCCGUGGCUUUGAACCGGCGAAAGGGUGUGCCUCGCCGUUCACCGUUGAAUUGAAUGUUAUGGAAGAAUAGGGACAGGGAAAUUGACCUUCCAAAUCUUUAGGCAAAGCGAUAAUUGUCCUUUUCAGUUGCCGGGUCAAUUAAUUCAAUUUUACUAAUGUAUUCAUCAUCUCAAGUAUUUUGAAGUACGUAAUUUCUGUUUCAAGGGUAAUAAUACA